CCUAUCACCACCAAAUCAUACCUUUUUUCACACCAUGUCGACACCUCUAGGAGAAGGCCAACAGCUUCUGGGCGAGAGCGGCGAGUCGUACCUCGUCGUGAGCCCCAUGACGGGCCCCAAGCCGGGCGCCGCACCCAACGUGUGGAGCGCCGUCGACGCAGGCUCCCAAGAAUCCGUUUUCAUCCUCAAGGCACCGGGCAUCGAGGAUGCGCCCUACCACGGCUGGCCGCGCUUCCGCUCAGAGAUGAUUAUGCAUGAGCUCUUCAAGGACAACCCACAUAUCCGCCGCCAGCUCGACCGCAUCCCGCCACGCAAGUACUCUGCUGACGCCCCCGCGUUGGUGCUUGAGCCGACCGAGACGACGCUGUGGAAAGCUCGUGCUGCGAGGCCUUUCACUGAUGACGAGAUUACGGUUAUCAUGCGCGGCGCGUUGUUGGGAAUCGCCGCUAUUCAUGCUAAGAACCUUGUUUACGCCGAUCUGAAGCCUGACAACAUCUUCGUCAACGGUUUCCGGCGGACGGCGGACCAGACGACGGCGGAGAACUCGCUGAAUGCUAUGAUAGGCGAUCUCGGGAUUGUGAUGGAGCCGGCGAUUGGCAAGGUCCAGCCACUGGUGUACCGCAGCCCCGAAGUGCAUUUCAAGAGCCUCAUUACGCCCAAGGCCGACAUCUGGUCUUGGGGCAUGAUUUAUUGUCACCUUUUGCAAGCGCAAGUCCAGCACGACAAGUCCGGCCUCUACGACUUGCAAGACGGCGCCUCAUAUUACCACAUUGAGCAAGAACUGCGACGUUUUAUCAACGAUGACUUCGACCUCGAGCACACCCCCUUUUACAGCGACUGCAUCCUGCCAACCGGUCAUAUUCGCGCCGAGGAAGAUAUUUGGUCAACGCGCCUGUUGAAGGCGGGCGUGCCGAAGGCGCAUGUUGACUUUUUGGCCUGGGUGCUGAACCCGGAUCCGUAUGAGCGCCCGUCGGCAGAGGACAUUCUCCAACACCCGCACCUCCAGCUCGAUAUUGACGCCCAGAAGAAUGAGGAAAUGCGCAUGGCAGGCAUAUUUAUUCCUGCGUUAUCGCCAACGUCUGAAGAACCGCCGCCUUCGAAAACCGCCGACACUGCUGUUGUCGAGUCGCCUGCUGUCAAGAAGCCUGCUGUUCAGACGCCUCCUGUCGACACAGAGCUCCCCUCUCCGGGCACAAGUAUGCCGUCGCAACAGGCGGCCCAGAAGCCCACACAGUCCACGCAGUCCACGCAGUCCACACAGCCUAUGCAGUCCACACAGCCUACGCGGCCUACGCAGCCCACCAAAGCUGCAUCUGACGUCCCUGCAGCCACCCUAGCCGCUUCACUGUCGCCAUCGACGCCGCUCGAAAAACUGGCUGCGGCCAGUGCAGCUGUAGGUGGCGCCGCCCCAAUGCCGAAACUGAAGCGCGCGCAUUCGUCGAACCCACAGAUUCCCAAGCCGGACCAGAAGCGGGUGGUAUCGCUAGAGCCGAUAAAGUACGAGCACGAGAUCGUUGGCGGGGGAACGACGGUCGGUCAGCAGAAGGCUAAGGAGAAGGUCGCCGAUAAGGGGCGGAAGGGGGGAUUGUUCAAUUCGGGAUUGAUGUCUUCGUUGCAAGGGGCAUGAAGGGGGACGACGUAGACGGAGGGCGUUGACGUUUGCAGUGAGAGCCGCUCCUCCCGCGGUUUCGGACGGGUGGGGAUCGGGGCGGGGAUCGGGGAGUACACAAGGCCACGGGCAUCGGGAAAGGCGUAACAGGAAUAAAGACUAAUAUACAGUUGUGCACGCAAUGCGAGGCGCGAGAGCAAAAGCGAAAGUCGAGGAAGUGGAGAGUUUUUGGUUGCGGAGCGGUUAGAAGCGGCGGAAAAAGGGCACUACUUUACCGCACCCGCCGGCCGAACGGAGAGGCGGAAAACAGGCUGGCAGGCUGGGCAGCAACGGUACAAACGGUUUGACAACGUAGGGAGGGUUAGAGGAGGAAAUGUUUAUACUUUUGCCGCCCUCGAUGCCCUCGACGAAGUGUCGAGAGAAGGACAAGAGGCAGCAGGGCGGUGUUGAGCGGAUUAGCUCCGAGUGGAGGCCGUCGGCAUCCCGAGCGCG